UGUCUUGCAUGCCACAACGGGGAGAAUAUAAAGGGACGCUCAUAUGGAUGUUACUUUCAGUAGGCCCCACCUUGCUAAACCAGCAUGAAGCGUAUUUGCUUUCUGGUUGUUUUCGUCAUUACUUUGCAGCUGUCGCUUGCAGCAGCGGAGGAAACCAGCGAUGUUCCAGACAGCUUCAAGAUCUUCGAAAACUUCCCUUUCGCCGUCGCCGUCUCUGACAGUGACAACGACACCAUAUACGAAUGCCUGACUGCGAAGAGAAUGUGGUUAACACCGGAACAAAAGAAGGGGCUAUAUAACUGGUUUUUUCAAGGGCAUGGUGGCAAUUCAAAGCGAACGGUUAGCUUCUACGUAUUCGAAGGAAAGAGCCCUGAUACUUUCCGCUUCACAGUGGACUCAGAUGACUCACCCUCUCAAGAGGCGAAGUUUUACUACACCGACUACGACAACUGCGCUAUUCUCGACAUUCCGUACGACGGACGCCAAUGCAUCUUGUGGACGGUAGAAACAGCCAAAGAUUCGGUGCCCCAAAAAUGCGUGGAUGAGUUCAUGAAGAAUUGUGGCGUCGGCGCCCCACUUUACAACGAUGACCUUUGCAGCGGUGAUGAAGUCGCCGAAUGGUGAUGUACGUUGAACAGCGCGACUAGUGGCGAGAGGACACUUUUUGUACAUUGAUUUGCAUUGAGUAUCCUAUCCACAGCGGUGCAACCAGGUACUUAGAACAACCAUUUCUCGCUGUGUUAUGCUAACGAAUAACAAGUUAACAAAGCAUGCACUUCUGUGCUUACUAGUUCACUAUGCUCAGCGCAAGCUAUUGCUUUAUAAAAGGGUGCGAAAAUAGCAGAUUUGAAGAUCUAACCCAAUAAGAGUGAAAUAACGCCAAUAACGAACUUACAGAGAAGUAUUUGAUUCAUUUAUCAAUAUUAUCGAAUACUCGCACACCUUUACGACGUAAUUUAUCGAUCCGACUCCCUCUGCAAUCCUAACAAGCGAGGUCAGGUUUUUCUCUGAUCUGUCAUGACCGGUUAAAAGGGAUCGGUCGCAGUCUUACUGCCAAUGCACCUGCUCCUGAUCCUGACAAAUUGAGUAUUGCAUAUGAAAGCAUAUUUCGGGACUAGACGAUGAAGAAUGGUGUAUUACCUGCGUGCAAAUAGCAAGUGCAUGUCGUGCAAAGGUGCGCAAGAUCAGCUUAAAUAC